AUGAGCGAUAAAGCUCUCACUUAUGUUAUGGCACAAUAUCAGCGUCUUCCCAAAUGUCCUACCCUGGCAGAUCGCGAGAUGACCUUUGCGAAUGCAAUUCUUGGAAUUCUCGAUUCUAUCGAUAAUGAAGAAUUGGAAGAGGAACCCCUUCAGUGCAAUUUCUGUGUUCAUUCGCGAAAGAAAAAAGACGUCGAGGAUGGUGUAAAACAGGAGCCCGAUUGCAUGAAUCAUCUCAAAUUCUUGUCGAGAACUGAUUUGCGAAGGACGUGCACACUCAAUGAGAAAUAUUGUGUGUCGACAGUGACGAAUCUGAACGGGUUCUUCAUCGAGAUCGAACGCGAUUGUGCCGAAGACUGCGAGCAAGGAUGCGAACAGCACGGCUACGGAUUGUUUCACACCGAAUGUACGCGGUGCUGUCGCGAGCCGCUGUGCAACGAGUUCGACGGCAAACACUACUAUGAGCCGCUCGCCGCUUCGCAUGUCGCAUUCAUCCUCAUUCCGGGCCUUGUUUUAUUGAAUUUUUUAUUAGUAGCCGGCAUCUAA